AUGGCUUCGCGACGAAGUAAGAGACUUUCGGGAGGUACCCCGAAGCUUCUUGAGAGACUUCGCGAGGUAGCAGCAGAGAAUAAGAAGGAAGAAGAGGGGUCUGAAGCACUGGAUGAUGAAGGAGAAGAAGAGGCAGCAGAGAGUAAGAAUAAAGCAGAAGAGGAGGGGUCUAAAGCAGUAAACGAAGAAGAAAAAGAGACACCACAAGAUAUCGAGAUCCCAUCCGAGUCAGGAGAGGAACCAGAUACCACCCAACAAAACGGCAUGACUUCCGAGAAACGACCAUGUUCCCCUCCUACUCCGCCAAAACCAAAGAGGAAGAAGGACCCUAAGCAGGCGCGGAGGCCUCUUUGGCGGCUGAACAAAUGCGAGGCCGAAGAAGAAGACGAGGCUGAAGGGGAAUCUGAGUAUGAGGAAUUGAUAAAAGGAGAUGAUGGAUCCGGCGCCCAGGAAGAACAGAUAUCAGGGAACGAGACGGAAGAAGAAGAUGUCCCAGGAAAACCCAGAGGAAAAGGACAACAAGAAGAAGGAAGCAUCCCCGAGAUCCUAGCACCCCUUUUCGAUCGAAGCACUAUCGAAGGAUUCCGCAGUGAGAAUCCCAUCGUCUAUGCCAUAGGAAGACUCCCCCCGGUCCAUCUAGGCGACAUCUACAACUCUCGCUACCGCGUAAUACAGAAGAUCGGAUCGGGAUCCUACUCCACCGUCUGGUUAGCACUAGAUCUCCAUGCAGAAUUACGCCACGUCGCACUCAAAUUCCUCACUGCAGGGAAAGUAGCCGAAGUUAACAUGCACAAGUUUUUCGCCAUGACCGAUAUAGACGACAAUAAAUACGAUCGAGAAGCAGGUCGAGAGUUCGUCAUGGAAAUGCUCGAUAGCUUUGAGAUUACGCGAAAUUGGAAGGUAUACUGGGUUAUCGUCAGUGAAGUCUUAAUCCCCUUGAAAACCCUGUAUUCUACUGGACAUUACCGUCGACGGAUCGAUAUCAAACGUGACUUUUUCCAGAUUGCUCAAGGACUGGCGUUCCUCCACCAUAGAGGGGCAACGCAUGGUGAUCUUUGGUAUGCGAAUCUCGCUCUGCGAUUACCGAAUUUUCGGCGCGGGUUUGAAUCCAAUCCUCCUUUCCCAAAAGUAAUUCCCAUCAUUCCAAAGACACCAACGGAGAAGGAAUUCAGAAAAUACCCAAAGUACCUGGUGUCAAGUGAUUUCUUUCGAGGCUCUUACAUCGAAGACCUUCUCAAGGAAGCCAAACAAUGCGGGGUUUUUGAAGAAACCCGUGUUCAGAUCAUAGACAUGAGCAAUGCCUACACCAGAUACCGUGAUCACGUCUAUGCGAUGCAACCCACGGUGCGCGCUCCGGAGUUUACGGCGCGUGGACUCAAUGGCAAUCCGGGUAUCGGACUCGGCGGCUUCCCUUCUGAUAUUUGGGCGUUGGCAUGUACGGUAGGCAGACGCAACCUUCCACAUCUUCCCACACAAUGCAUAUAUGUACUGACCAGAUCCAGAUGUUCAAAUUCGUAUUCAAAGAGGACUGUAACCUCUUCGACCACACCCAAAGCCCGAAUUUCUUCUUCUGGGAAAUCGAGCGAAAAAUUGGUCCGAUUCCUCAGCGAUGGCAUUUGGGAAGGAGACCGGUAGGUGGACCUCCUGGGUCGAUGCUAGAAGGCAUGACUCCUGCGCAGUUCUGGAUGGAUCUGCGUGAUACGUAUCAGUUACAGCACCCGUAUGGCCUGUUUCAGUGGAUUGAUGGGUUUUUGGCUUUGUUGAGAAGAAUGUUGGUGGUUGAUCCGAGGAGUAGGAUUACUGUUGAUGAGGUUGUGGCGGAUGAGUGGUUUGAUGAUGUGAGAGAUGAAGAGGAAAGUUCGGAUGGUGAGUAG